AUGGCGCACAACGUGCAACUCGAUAUUGAAAUCAACAACAAAUCAACUCGAUGCGAGCGAUUACGAGCAAAUUUCUCGGGGGUGACAAAGAAUGUUGUGGUGUGCAGGAAGAAAUUGACGCAAUCCGAUGAGGUGCUGCAAAAGCGUGCUGGGUAUGCUGAGGCGAUCAUGAUGCAACAGUAUGGCGAGGUCAACAAUCGCAUUUGUCAUCAUUGUGGAAAUUCGUCCGGUCCCUUCACAGAAUGUCGUUCAGUCGCUGGUGAGCACAAUGGUGCCUGUGCCAACUGUCAUUUCCAGCAACGUGCAGCUUAUUGUUCUCUCAAUGCCCGUAUCCAGGAUCCUGCUCGAACUCCAGAGAAGAAGAAAGCGAAACGUGGAUCCAAACGUGCUCGUGCAGAGGCUGCUCCUGUAGAGACAGCUGAUGAUGAUCCGGAUGAAAAUGAUGAUAAUCAAUCGGAGUGA